AUGGUGGUCGAUUUCACAUACUCUCUUGUUGAAACUCGACAGUUGGUCAAAAUGAAACUUGUUACAUGCGUAUGGUCACCAAAAAGUGAUUUGAUUGCCUUGGGUUCUGCUAGUGGAUGUAUUUCUGUGCAUAGGUAUAAAAUGACGUGUAUUUGGGAGUGUGAUAAAUCAGAAUUAGGCUGUGUUACCCAUUUAGCCUGGAGACCAGAUGGUAAAAUAUUGACAGCUGCAUUUUCAUCUGGUUGUCUUUGUUUUUUUGUUGUUGGUGAUGGAUUCCUUUUCAUGAAUUACAAUUCUCUAAUUCAAUUGAUUAUCUACUAUGGACAAAUUAUCAAUGUUCAAUUAAUACUAAUACUAAUAAUAAUAAUAAUGGAGAUGGUGGCUAUUUCAAAAAUAAUGUGGCCAUUUAUUUUCCUGAUGUGA